AAUGAGAUAUCGCGUAGCUGCCGGACUUCCGUGUUGUCUGCGUGAUGACGUAGUCGUCCGGACCCUCACGGUCUGGUCAGCAUACCGGGCACAAACGCAUCGGAGGCGGAGGUCUGUUUCCAGCUCCUGGACGGUGAAAUCACAAACAGCAUUAUGAGUCAGCGGACGGAGCGACGGGGGAUACACGUGGACCAAUCAGACCUGCUGUGCAAAAAAGGAUGCGGUUACUAUGGCAACGCAGCCUGGCAGGGCCUGUGCUCAAAGUGCUGGAGGGAGGAGUACCAGCGGGUACGGCAGAAACAGAUCCAGGAUGACUGGGCACUGGCAGAAAAGCUGCAACGAGAGGAGGAGGCAGCGUAUGCCAGCAGUCACGGUGUGCAGACUCAGUCCACAACGCCCCCGCAGCCCGGACAUGCCUCGCUGGGUCCCUUCUCCAAGUUUGAGGAGAAGAAAACCAAUGAAAAGACUCGGAAAGUGACCACCGUCAAGAAGUUCUUCAGCCCUUCGUCACGAACUGCUUCUAAAAAAGAAACCCAAGAAGGUAAAACCAGUCCGUCCAUCAGCCGCCACGCAAGCUUCGAUACGGACCAAGUGUCCAAAGACUUUGUGGACUUCCUGAAAAACCUCCAGAAGCCCGGCCGGGAGAUCCACAAGCAGUGCCGAGUCUUUCUCGUGAACAUGUCAAGCAAGAAGGACCUGGGUGCCGAUGAGCUGUCAGAGUGCGUUCAAGAUUUCUACCAGAAUUUGGCCGACCGCCUGAUGACUCACUUUAAAGGCUCCUCUGAGUCUGUGGAGCAGGUGAUGGACCAAGUGGAAAAGUACAUCAUGACUCGUCUGUACAAGAGCGUUUUCUGUCCAGAAACCACUGAUGACGAGAGGAAGGACUUGGCCACACAGAACAGGAUAAGGGCUUUGCACUGGGUGACCAUCCAGAUGCUCUGUGUGUCCAUGGAUGAAGAAAUCCCGGAAGUCUCUGAGAAUGUGGUGAAAGCGAUAACAGAUAUCAUUGAGAUGGAUUCGAAGAGGGUUCCUCGGGACAAACUGGCCUGCAUCACACACUGCAGUAAACACAUCUUCAGCGCUAUUAGGAUCACCAAGAACGAGCCGGCGUCCGCCGACGACUUUCUCCCCGCGCUCAUUUACAUCGUGUUGAAGGCUAAUCCUCCACGACUUCAGUCCAACAUCCAGUACGUCACCCGAUUCUGCAACCCCAGCAGGCUGAUGACCGGAGAGGAUGGAUACUACUUCACCAACCUGUGCUGUGCAGCUGCCUUCAUCGAGAAGUUGGACGCUCAGUCUCUCAAUCUUUCCCCGGAGGAGUUUGAGCGUUACAUGUCGGGCCAAGCCUCGCCAAGAUGCAGCAGCGCAGAGGGCGAGUGGCCCCACACCGGUCCAGGAGCUGGCGUGGCUGCCACCAACCCUGUCCUGGCCCAGCUCAACCACAAUCUGGAGCAGCUGUCGACCAUCAGCAGCCGGCAGGAGAAGGUGAUAGAGGCCGCUCAGAGCCUCCAGGCUGACCUGCUCUCCUGGACCGAGAGCGUCCAGCGGGAGGUGAACGACAUCCUGGAAAAAUAUCCGCUGACCUGCACAGUUUCUGCCAUUGAUGCCAACAACAUAGACAACGACAACCUGCCGCCGCCGCUGACCCCUCAGGUGUUCGCAGGGUAGUACUUUGAAAAUGGGAGUUUCCCAGUAGCCUCUGCACCUUAAAUUUAAAGUGAAGUCAUUUCAGUCAGAAAAAGGAAGAGAGAGGGGUGAGCUACAGGGAGAAGCUGCUUUUAUUUGAUUAUUAUUAUUAUUAUUAUAACUGUAACUAUAAAAACACACUCCACGUACAACUGUUAACAAGGGAUGCAUGAGCUAUGGAACAUUUCUUUUUGUAUACGUUUGUUGUAUUUUGGGGCAUUUUACAUGGAAGUUUAUGCUGACAGUCUCCAUUUAUGAGACUGCCUCAUGUGGCCAUUUAUGGAACUGCAGGAACUGUCUUUGGCAGCUCAGUUUUGGCUUUUAGCUGUCGAGGUUUCUGCAGUUAUGUUGCACAGUUCACUUUUAUUCAACACCAAAUGGACAAAACAAAACAAAGAAAAAUCAAAUAAAUUUGAAACCAAAUUUAGUAGGUUCAUCAAAAAAGGUGUGGUCAAUGGUCAUUUUAGAAGAAAAUAGGAAAUUUAUUAGGGAAAAAAAACCUUGUAAAGUGGUGAGAAAAAACAGGCUGGUUUGCAUUAAAAACUUAUGAGGAAAAGAAAUGGCUAAUUUCUCAUAAAUAAAUGGUCAAAUUACAAGGAAAAAAUUGUCAAUAAAAAACAAUUUUUUAAAAGAGUUUUAAGAAAGAAAUUCAUGAGAAAAACUGGACAAGUUUGCAAGGAAAAAAUAGCAAAUUUGCUGUAAAAAUGUUUAUGAAAAAUAACAGGUAAUUAUGUAACCAAAAACAAACAAAUUUAUGAGAAAGAAAUGGCAAAAAUAUAGCACAUAUUAAACUCACCAGCUGCUGUUACAGGCAGAUGAUGCUGACAGGCUGGAGAAGAGAAUACUCGUGUUAGUGAUGAUAUGAUAUGAAAUAAACGUACCUAAAUUUACGUAACAAUUAAAAUAGAUUUUAAGUGCGCAAAUACAACAACCAGCUUCUGAUGACUAUCACUUAUUGUCAGCUGUGAUUUCGAUUUUGCUCUUAUUAAUGACAAAAUAAGCUCCUAAAUGAUAAGCUUGUUUGUCAACAUUUCUUUACAUGUUCACUCUUUAUUUCACUAAAAAGCGAUCCCACAAAAGAAAGAAAUUAAAAAGCAGACUAACGUGUGUGUGUGUGUGUGUGUGUGUGUGUGUGCAAUUACGGUUUCCCUGUAACACCUUCAGCUGCCAUUGUUAUCUGCCACGGUCUUGAAUUUUUGUUGGCGUGGAAGUUUAAACAUCUGCAGGCCUGCAGAUCGAUGUUUUAGUCUGAGGACAGUUUCACGUUUGUCAUUUUGUAGAGAAAAGAAAUUCAGGUCUUACACAUUUCUAACACAGAACCGCUUACAAUUAUCCUGCAAGCAUGAAUUUACCCUGAAUACACACUUCAGGUUUUGUGUAAUUUAUGUUUCAAUAUUGUACUGUGUGUGGUUUUUUUUAUUUGUUUUUAAAGAUUUACAGUGUUUGUCUGGCUUUCUGCACCACAUACCGGCCUCAGUAACAAACCAUUGCAAAAAUACACAUGUUACAUGAUCAAAAUACUAUUACUAAUGUAUUUUAGAUUUUUUUUUUUUUUUUUAAAUCUCAUUUUGUGUACUGUAUAUUGUUAAAACAGUCCAGUGUCUGCCACUUUAAACCACUCCUGGUCCUGUUUCUGUGUUUAUUUAUUGACCGAGGAUCUUUUAAGUACUGUCAAAUCCAAUAACAUUGCUAGUCGCUGAAAUAAAAGCAAAGGGAUCAUAUAAAAGCCUAUAAAAUGUGUGAUUACUGUAAAUUUACUCAGCUGCAAAAAGCAUCUCCAUUUGCCACGUGUGGCUUGUUUAAUCCUCAGUAACAACCGCUUGAUCUUGAAAAGGUUUUUGCUGUACAUUUCUUUUUCUCUGUGCCACAGAGCUCUAAUAUCGGAGCGACAUGUUCAGGCAGUAGCAGCAGCGCCAAAUGUGUAUUAAUCCACAGCUGAAAUUAGUCCCAUGCGAUUUCACUAUUCACUCUAAGCUACAGUUCCCAGCUAUUUCAUAUAAAUUUUAUAUGUUUGUGAUUUUAAAAAAUUGAUUUAUGCCUUAAGAUGUAACUGAAAUAUU